UGCCUGAGACUUCUCCAGCCUCCCCCGUCCCUGAUGUCACAAUUCAGAGGCUGCUGCCUGCCUGGGAGGUUGGAGAGAGCUCUGCAGGUUUUCCCUAGUGUCCCACAGGCUCACUGAGCCAGGUCCCUGUUUGAUGGCAUUUAUGAAAAUAUACCUCCUCCCCCUUCUGGUGCUCUUCUUGGGCUACUACUAUUCUACAGAUGAAGAGUUCAGGCCGGAAAUGCUCCAAGGCAAGAAAGUGAUCGUCACGGGGGCCAGCAAAGGGAUUGGAAGAGAAAUGGCAUAUCACCUCUCAAAAAUGGGCGCCCACGUGGUGGUGACUGCAAGGUCGGAGGAAGGUCUGCAGAAGGUGGUGUCUCGAUGCCUUGAACUUGGAGCAGCCUCUGCUCACUACAUUGCUGGCACCAUGGAAGACAUGGCAUUUGCAGAGCAAUUUGUUGUCAAAGCAGGAAAGCUCAUGGGUGGACUGGACAUGCUCAUUAUCAACCACAUUACCAGCAGCCACAUGUCUCUCUUUCAUGGGAAUGUCCACAAUGUGAGGAAAGUCAUGGAGGUCAACUUCCUCAGCUACGUGGUCCUGAGCAUCGCCGCCUUGCCCAUGCUGAAGCAGAGCAAUGGCAGCAUCGCCGUGGUCUCCUCCAUGGCUGGGAAAAUAGCCCUGCCCAUGAUUGCGUCCUACUCUGCAAGCAAGUUUGCUCUGGAUGGGUUCUUUUCAACCAUUAGGCAAGAAUACUUAAUGACCAAGGUCAACGUGUCUAUCACGCUCUGUGUCCUUGGCCUCAUAGACACAGAAACAGCCAUGAGGGAGGUCUCUGGGAAAAUCAACCUCCAAGUUGCUCCCAAGGAGGACUGCGCCCUGGAGAUCAUCAAAGGGGCAGCUCUGCGCAAAGAGGAGGUCUACUAUGACGCCUCCAGCUGGAAGCCCAUCCUGCUUAGGAACCCAGGAAGGAAGGUCAUGGAAUUUCUUUUACUUAGGAGUUAUAACCUUGAGAAAAUUGUAAACAACUAGGAACUCCUGAGGCCUGGUAAGAGGAUUUGGAAGAGUUUGGCCUGAUAUUUCUGUGAUUCCCACCCAUGAAAUCAUCUUCCCAGAGGCACACAAAUUGUGGGGUACACAAUUUCAUCACAAGAAGAAAUCCCUCCAACACUCGCACAGUGAAAAUGUAAUUAUAAUAAACGCCACGACCCACUUUGGAGCCUGCAAUUGUGCAUGUGGUAGCAACCGCGGAUGAAGGAAGUUAUAUCAACGUUACCUUGUAUAGAAUGAUAAAAUGAAGCCUGAUGUACCAACAAUAAGUAGAAUAAAGGUAAUAUCUACUUUGUAAAUGCAAAUCUGGUAGCUAUAAAUUCAGUUUAUUCAGCAUACUUUCUUUUAAAUUAUAAACAAAUGAAAACGUC